AUGGGGAAAUGGGAGGGUCGGCCCCUGCAGGGCCUCGAGCUGAGGACCCUGAGCUCUACCUGGAAGGGGGAGGAGGGGGAUGGGAGCUGCGAGGUCUCAGGCAGAGACGUGCGCAGUUGGGAGCAGCCUUCGAGCAGUGUGGGGGUCCAGAGAAAUGACUGGAAUCAGGUCACAGGGCCUCCCUGUGUGGGAGGAAGCGGUGCCUGGAUGGUGAAAAAUGAGGCGAAGCCGAGAGUCCCGAGCCAGAGUCUGGAGACCCAGAGACAGAGAGGCCCCCACACAGGAGCCCUCCUUGACAGCGGGGACCCCGUUCAGCUCACCUCUGACACCAGUGCCCAGCACAAGUGCCUGGACAGAUAUCUGAUGUCUUCCCAAAGGUCACAUGUGCACCGACGUGGGCUCAUCGAACUGGCAGGGACUGUGAAUUGCGUUGGUACCCGCACCCCCGUGGCCUACAUGAACUACGGCUGUUACUGUGGCCUGGGUGGCCAUGGCCAGCCCCUGGAUGCCAUCGACUGGUGCUGUCACUACCACGACUGCUGCUACAAACGUGCCGAGGACGCUGGCUGCAGUCCUAAGAUGGACCGCUACUCCUGGAAGUGCAUCGAUCAGCACAUCCUGUGUGGACCAGCGCAGGACAAAUGUCAAGAACUCAUGUGCAAGUGUGACCAGGCGGUUGCUUACUGCUUAGCCCAAACCGAGUACAACAUCAAGUACCUCUUCUACCCCCGUUUUCUGUGUGAAAAGGACUCACCCAAAUGUGACUGACUAGCCUGACUUGAAAUGUCUUUUUUGCACAAGGAAAUAAAACUCCUUUUCGCGUA